UUACAGAUUCAGACAGAAUGAGCGUCACAGUGCUUCGUAGAACCCGGGAAUUUGAAAUAAAAUAAUUAAUUUCACAAAAAUGCCACAAUUUAUAAUCCUCGACGAAAAUGUUCUCACACAUUGUUCGAAGUGAUAACAAUAAUCGGAGUAAUAAAUCAACAUAAUUGCUCUAAAUGACUUGUUUGUUUUCGUGAACUUGCAUUUUGAGGUUAUUUCAUGAUAAAUUUACAUAACUUUACAUUUCUUAUUAGUUUUAAAUUAAAUUGUUAAUAUGGAGCAGAAGAGUAAACCGAAAUCUUUUAAAGCUACGCAUUUUCCACCAUUAUUGGCGGGGGCUGUGGCUGGUGUGUCUGUAGAUGUGACCCUGUACCCUCUAGAUACAUUAAAGACACGGCUACAAAGUGCUCAGGGCUUCCAAAAAGCUGGCGGCUUCAGUGGUGUUUAUAGAGGUCUGGCAACCGUAGCUGCGACAUCUAUGCCCACAACAGCACUAUUCUUUGUCUCAUAUGAAGCUACGAAGCGUCUCUGUCAGCCCCUGGUCGCCACGCAGUAUACUCCAAUGGUACACAUGUUCGCAGCCAGUGUUGGUGAAGUGCUGGCGUGUCUAAUACGUGUCCCCACAGAGAUAGCGAAACAGAGGAAACAAACAUACGUCGGCACUAACUCCAAGAGUAGUAUAUCUAUACUGUUACAUGCAUACAGGACUGAAGGUUUCUUUCGCGGCGUGUAUCGAGGUUUCGGCUCCACUGUGCUGCGGGACCUGCCCUUCAGCUUCAUUGAGCUGCCAGCCUGGGAGAUGCUGAAGACAACUGUUAGGAAAUAUAAUAACGGCGAGAUUAGCAGUUUUCAGAGUGCAAUCUGCGGGUCAAUAGCAGGCGGUUUCGCAGCGGUCCUAACAACGCCUUUAGACCUCGCCAAAACCCGUAUCAUGUUAUCAGACGGGUACAGGGUCUCGGGGAAGAUGAAGAUUAGACCAGUGCUGACUUCCAUUUACAUAGAAUCAGGGUUCAAAGGUCUCUUCGCUGGAGCCAUGCCCAGAAUGACAGCUAUUAUGAUCGGAGGCUUCGUGUUCUUCGGAGUAUAUGAAGACGUCAAGAAAUAUUGUGAAAAAUAUUUCGAAGGGAGAUAGCAUUUGGUGUUAAUUUCGUAAGUAAAUUUUGUUGUGGCUCGCUGCAAGCAUAUAGUGGUUUUGUAACCUGGGAAAUAAAGUGACUGUUCAAAUGGGAAGAAAGAGGUGUUUUUGACGUCAAAACACACCAAGACAAUUUUGAUGAAAUUUGACACGCAUGGACGAACUAGUCGUAAAAAUAAUGUAGGUUUAUUCAUAAUUCCUUCCCGGCCGUAUGCCAAGAUUUUUGAGGUCUGCCCAAUACAUGAUUUAUCUUCUUUUUAAGGGCGCCUACCUAUUGCAUUGUAAAAUAUGUUAAAGUACAAUUAUGGUGCUUAAUUAUUCUAAGACUUGUCUGUAUAAUAAUUCUGAAAUGAGUCGAGAUUUUUUAUAUCAUUGUAAGUUUGGGUGCAAUUUUUUUGAAAGAAAUUGACAGUAUUUAUGGCGUGUUGAGUUAUAAGUUAUAUUCUACAUCACCAAAGGGCUUAGUACAAGUUUUACGUAUAAAGUAAUCGAAACAACGAGACCGUGUUCGGUGCUCUAAUUAGUUCAAUAUAGCCUCAGUAUGAUGACCAAAUAAAUGUUAUUUUACUAAUAAUGUUAUAUUAGUUUUUUUUCGAAAUGUAAGGUUUUUAGUUGUUGUUUUUUAGUUUGGGUUAUUAGUUCUUAAUUUAUAUUAUACCUCAUUUAAUUACUUUCGUUGGUAUAUGGUUGUAAAAUCGAAUAGUAGAUAGUUGUGUAUUUGAUAUACAAUGUGUAUAUUUAAUGUGGUUGAAUUUGUUAUGUAAAUAGUUAGUUCUGUGAUGUUUUAAAUAAAAUGUUGGCAUUUAAGUUUUGUUUCUUUCUUGGUCCCACACUAAUUAUCCUGUGUCCUGGUUGUGUUUACAAACAUACAAAUUCACACAUACAAAAACACAUUACACAAGUUAGGUAUAUUUCUGCCACCGAUGGAGGGUGCUAAUGGAAACUAUAAUCAUUUUGCUAAGUUUAUUAUAAUUGAAAUUACAUGAUAACACCUAAAAUCUAACUAACCUAAGUGCGAAUGAGUUCGAUG